GGAAGUUCCGGCCAGGCGCGCAUCAUUCUUCAUAACAAAGAAAGUGCCAGAAUUAUGCAGUAGAGACGAUUACUUUUGUCUCCGUUUCAAAUUGAUUGCUACAGGCCGACUCAGAUUAAGUCUGAGGCCGGUAACAUCAACAGUGAGGGCAAACCCAGCCUGCCUCUCUCCUUCCACACUGAGUCCAACCCUAAAACCUACAGUCACUGGGUCCUGAUUGUGACAGUGGAGCUCGGUUUGCACUGCAGGAGCCAGUGAUGGCAUCAGUGAAGCUGGAAGACUGCAGUCAAACACUGGAGCUGAAUGUCAACAUUAAAGAUGAAGAAGAGGAGGAGGAGAUUGUUUCUCAUGGUCACAUUGAGACAUUCUCUACAUCCAGAGAGCAACAGCAGGAAGAUCACAGAGCUAAUAGGUCUCACCACUGCCCACAUUGUGAGGAGAUUUUCCCAUUUCUAUCAAAGCUAAAAAUACACCAAAAAAUACACACAGGAGAGAAGCCUUACUCCUGCUCUGACUGUGGGGGGAGAUUCUCUCGACUGAGCCACUUAAAAAGACACCAACAAAUACACACAGGAGAGAAGCCCUACUCUUGCUCUGACUGUGAAAAAUGCUUCACAACAUCAUCUGACCUAACAGUUCACCAGAGAAUACACACAGGAGAGAAGCCUUUUUCCUGCUCUGACUGUGGGGGGAGAUUCUCUCAACUGAGCAGUUUAAAAAAACACCAACAUAUACACACAGGAGAGAAGUCUUACUUCUGCUCUGAGUGUGGGAAGAGUUUCUCCCUAUUGGAUACCUUAAAAGCACAUGAACGUAUACAUACAGGAGAAAAGCCUUACUCCUGCUCUGACUGUGGGAAGAGGUUCUCUCAACAGAGCAACUUAAAAAAACACCAACGUUUACAUACAGGAGAAAAGCCUUAUUCCUGCUCGGACUGUGAAAAGAGUUUCUCCCAAUUGGAUAAGUUAAAUAGUCACCAGCGAAUACAUACAGGAGAGAAGCCUUAUUUCUGCUCUGACUGUGGGAAUUGUUUCACCCAAAUUGAUACGUUAAAAUGUCACCAGCGUAUACAUACAGGAGAGAAGCCUUACUCUUGCUCUGACUGUGGGGAGAGUUUCUCUCAACACAGCAGCUUAAAGAAACACAAACGUAUACACACAGGAGAGAAGCCUUACCUCUGCUCCGAAUGUGGGACGAGGUUCUCUCUACAGGACAGCUUGAAAUCACACCAGCGUAUACAUACAGGAGAGAAGCCUUACUUCUGCUCUGACUGUGGAAAGGAUUUCUCUCGACACAGCAGCUUAAAGAAACACCAACGUAUACACACAGGUGAGAAGCCUUACUCCUGCUUUGAAUGUGGGAAGAGUUUUACAACAUCAAGUGCUCUGACAGUUCAUCAGAGAGUGCACACAGGAGAGAAGCCUUACUCCUGCUCUGACUGUGGGGGGAGUUACUCUCGACUGGGAAACUUACAAACACACCAUCGUAUACAUACGGGAGAGAAGCCUUACUUUUGUUCUGACUGUGGUAAAUGCUUCACAACAUCAAGUGCUCUGACAGUUCAUCAGAAAACACACACAGAAGAGAAGCACACCAACGGAUUCACACAAGCCAAGACUUUUGCAGAUUAAAAUCUUAGGUUUUCGGUGGAUUGACAAUGGACGCCUGUUUUAAAGUAUCCUUUUUUGGUAACAAAAGGAGAGAAGCUUCAUCAGUUCUCUCAGACCAGCUAAGAUUGAAGUCACUACAUCACUUAAUUCUCAUAAAAGAAGUGGUAAGUGAAUUGGAUCAAAUGAAGAAAGUGUAGAACACUAUUGUAAUCCUAUAGUUUCUCACUGUGAGAGAACCGUGCAGAGGAACGGGAGCGUUUUAUAGAAUGUUAUCCUCUCUUUACUGAUCAGUGUGUAUCUUGUCAGUUUUGUUGUGUUUUGUUAGCUUCUACUGUAAAGAUAUUAAGAUGACUUUGGAUUGGCUCUUAGCGUUGAAUACCCUCUUAGGUUUCUCUUGUUGAAACAAUGGAGUCUGAUGGUUGACUGGGUAGUACUGCUUCCCUCUAGUUUUCUGUGGGAAUGAGCAAGUAGACAACAUGUAUGAGAUAGAGAUGGUGUGAUGAUCAGUUUUCGGCAGUUAUAUAUAUAUACAAAGACAUGUCAAUAGAAAAACAACAAACCGCUACACGGUUUCACGUGACUGUUAGCCGUAGUUGGCUAGCUAGCAAGCAAACAAGGGAUAACAAAUGACUUGGUGGCGUCCAUAGAUACAGAAUAAAAAUACUUUGACUGGAUUGAGUCUCUGGCAAACUAUCCAAUAGAAUGAACGGACAUCUCUGCUCAGCCAAUCAAAAUCAUGAAUCAGCAAUUUAUUUUUAUGAAUAUAUACAAAGAAAUGUUGAUAGAAACACAGGUAAAACAACAUGAAAGGCAGCUAGUUUGCUGUGUUACCAGCGUCAGUUUGAAAUGAUUGUGUUUGCUGUGUAGAUGGCUAGCUUUUCUGAACAGUGUCCUGACCAGAGAGCACAUUUUCUAUGCCAUGCGAAAUCCAAAAUAGCUUUAACAAAUGCAAAUGCAGCUACUUUGCUGUUAUUCUAGCUGCACUGUUUGACCUGUUUUUUUUAAAAUUUAAUUGGAAACCUAUUGUAUAAAAGUGAAUGUACACUAGAGGUUGUGAACAACUUUCUUUUUUUUUGCAGCAACCUUCCCGCUAGCCAUGAUUGGCUGAGAUAAUGAGUGGGCUGGACAUGCCUAGAGAUGAGUUUGUAUUGGUCUGCCAUAUAGCACGCUUCUGUCUAUUUGAGCUGGUCAGUAUGUGUAGGUAAUCCUGUCUAACACAUUUAUACAAAAAAAUGUAUUGCGUAGUACUUCUGCAUAUGUGUUGCUCUCCACUUUUAUGAAGGACCGAGUUUUGAAAUCAGUGGAAUUAGAGUAUGAUAGCUAAGGAGAUGGAGAAAACAUCUCCUUAGAUGAAAAAUUACAUCUUCAAACUAAGGGCAACAUGGCAUCUGUGACAGGGAGACGCAUAAUGUAGCUAGCUAGACUUUCAGAUAGUACACGUUUAUAAUUUUGACAGUGGUUUCAUUUUCAAGCUAAAGUGUACUGUUAGCUAUCUCGCUAACGUUAGCUGGCUGGCUCGCUAGCUUACAUUAUGUGUAUGAUCUUAUUAUUCGUAUCGCAGAGCCAUUUGCUUUGCUAGUUAUAGCCUGAUGUUAGCUAGCUAACAUUGAACCUGGUUGGUUAGCUACCUGCAGAUUCAUGCAGGGUAGUAACGUCAUGAGUUGGGAUUAUGGUUCAUUGUUUACCUAGCUACAUGUCUUAACAAAAGACUACACUAUGCAAGUAACCAUUUCAGUUGCAUUUGUAAAUUCAGUCUGAGUAUGCCAGAGCGCAGAAUAACUGAGGAAUUUAUGAACGCUCAACACCAGUUGAAUAUGGCCGGUGUCGGUAAACGUCUGCAAAAAAGUGUAAAUAAAUUCUUGCCAGCAGCACAGUUAGUCACCAACGCUCUGGAUAACAUGACAACAGCCUAACCAGCUCUGCUAGGGAGAGUAAAAUGGUCAGUGGGGUGUCCUCUCAUUUGUGUCUGGAAGUAGCUAGCAAGCAAGCCAAUGUUAGCCAGUUAGCUGUGGGGCUAAAGCUUAAGAGGGUGUGAACGAUGCUGAAUGGGUGUAGGCAAAGAAGAGCUCUACAGUAGGUACCAUGAGUAACAAGAUUCUUUGGUCUGAAGAAACCAAGAUUGAACUCUUUGGCCUGAAUGCCAAGCUUCAAGUCUGGAGGAAACCUGGCACCCUCCAUACGGUGAAGCAUGGUGGUGGCAUCAUCAUGCUGUGGGGAUGUUUUUCAGCGGCAGGGACUGGGAGACUAGUCAGGAUCGAGGGAAAGAUGAACAGAGAAAAGUAAAGAGAUCCUUGAUGAAAACCUGCUCCAGAGGGCUCAGGACCUCCGACUGGGGCGAAGGAUCACCUUCCAACAGGACAACACAGGAGUGGCUUAAGAACAAGUUUCAAUGUCCUUGAGUGGCCCAGCCAGAGCAUCUCUGGAGACAUGAAAAUAGCUGUGCUGCGAAGCUCCCCAUCCAACCUGACGUAGCUUGAGAGGAUCUGCAGAUAAGAAUGGGAGAAACUCAGCAAAUACAGGUGUGCCAAGCUUACAGCGUCAUAACCAGGAAGACUCGAGGUUGUAAUCGAUGCCAAUGGUGCUUCAACAGAGUAAAGGGUCUUAAUACAUUAUAUAAGUAUAUAAUGGGUUUUUUGCAAACAUUUCUAAAAACCCAUUUUUGCUUUGUCAUUAUGAGGUAUUGUGUGUAGAUUACGUAACGUAACAAAAUGUGGAAAAAGUCAAGGUGUCUGAAUACUUUCCAUAUGCACUGUGUGUGUGUGUAUAUAUGUAUGUGAUGAGGUAGCCUACCUCUCAGUUAAUAAAGUCAAUGCAGUAUUAAGAUUAAUGAUGGGUUAUGCAUAAUAAGAUAACUUAUAGCCUCUGUCUCUGCACCUGUGCUCCGAUGGCCUCUUUAAACCCUCCUUAGCUUUUAGACUCGCAUUUCUCAUAUUAAUAGACUAUUGGAAGAGAAGCAAGCUCUUUUUUUUGCUGAAUAUUAAGUAUACACAGCCAAUAGAACUCACGGGUAGUUUGAAAGAGUGAACGCUCAAUGGUGGUAGAAUAUAGCAGUUAUUAAUUCAGACCCAUAACCAUUCAAUCUUCGUAAAGAGAAAGCCGUCUGCAUCUUAUUGUAGUCCUAUAUUAUUGUAGUCAUAUUAUCUUAUUGUAGUCCUAUAUUAUUGUAGUCAUAUUAUCUUAUUGUAGUCCCAUAUUAUUGUAGUCAUUAUCUUAUUGUAGUCCUAUAUUAUUCAAGCAUGUCAUUACAAUAAUAAAGAUGAAGACAACAGAACUUAUUUCAUUUAACUGUUGAAAGUCAGGAAGGAAUGAAGCAACCAUAGAAAAAGGAGGUAGGCUAAUAACAUUAGGGGAAAUAUUAUGAAUCAAUAUGCAUCCGCCUACUAAUUAUACAAAUGUAAAAUAGGCCCUAUUAUAUUUCAAAAUGAUUAUCACAUUUGCUAGCUUAUAAUUGUAACUUUGUAGGCUGCAUGUCCUGCACCAGAUUGGCAUGUUCUCUCCACAGUUCAUGGAAUGAAAGAGGUGAGUAAUUCCAGUCCAGAUAAUACAAUAUAAUACAGUCCACACUCCAAGACUAUCCUACUGGAGCUAGUUUCGUGUAUUUACCCAAAAGAGCAUAGCUACAUCUAUGGGCUUUUAUGUUUUUCUGUGUGUAAUGUGCAGUAGCCUAUAUAUUAUAGGCUAUGUAUUGAAUAAUGACACAAUCAUUUGGGGCCCACCCCAACGACACUAACCACAGUUCUAUCUCACACACCUCGCUCUGCUCUGGACUCAGUCAGGGCCAUAACAAUACCAGUAAGAGGACCAGACUUAGGUCAUCUUAUCAAUACAGACUGAUUAUCUUAGAGGGGGUGAGUGUUGACUCGGCCUAGUUGAAAGGUAUAAUGAUGUGCUUGUAUUUGCAUCUGAAGCGUCCAGCGGGUUGAAUAAAUCUGAUUUGUGCUUUUACUAGUUGUCCAUCUGAGUUUCUACUCCGUUCAGAGCUUAACAAUCAUUUCAUUGAGACCACACUUGGCACACUUGAUAUUGCUCACCCAGCAGAGAACCAUGGAUGAGAGGAGUCAUGAGAUAUAAUAAGCAACUCAUUCUCAAACCCUGAGCAAUAUGACAUGUAAUUGAUUCCAAAUUACAUGACCCUCCCCUGAACUAAAUUGACUAAUUACUAAACCCUCCCCUGAACUAAAUUUACUAAUUACUAAACCCUCCCCUGAACUAAAUUUCCAAGUUACUAAACCCUCCCCUGAACUAAAUUUACAAGUUACUAAACCCUCCCCUGAACUAAAUUUACAAAUUACUAAACCCUCCCCUGAACUAAAUUUACAAAUUACAUGACCCUCCCCUGAACUAAAUUUCCAAGUUACUAAACGCUCCCCUGAACUAAAUUUCCAAGUUACUAAACGCUCCCCUGAACUAAAUUUCCAAGUUACUAAACGCUCCCCUGAACUAAAUUUCCAAGUUACUAAACCCUCCCCUGAACUAAAUUUCCAAGUUACUAAACGCUCCCCUGAACUAAAUUUCCAAGUUACUAAACCCUCCCCUGAACUAAAUUUCCAAGUUACUAAACCCCCCCCUGAACUAAAUUUCCAAGUGACUAAAACCCUCCCUCAUUUUUCUCCAGGUAACAAUUGUCCAUUUCUCUCUCCCUAAGUGACUUUUGUUUUAAUGAUUUACAUACAUUGAAACUGUUUAUUAAAUUGUCUUUUAAAACUAGAUGUAUUAUUUUCGUCAUUGAUGAUGAAUGUAUUUGAAUAACUGUAUUGAACUUGAUUGAUCCUCUAAUGAAAUAAAUAUUCUACAUUCUA